GGCGGAGUCCGGAGUCCGGGCGUUCUGGCAGCACCAGAGUCCUGCAGCAGAGACGGGCUGGGCUGGCACUCACCCACGACCCCCCUUCCCUGCUAUGAUGGUUCGUCAGUAGCAGGUCCUAGACGACCCCCCCCCCCGGGGGCACGUGGGCAGAGCUAGCAGCAGCCAGGUGCACUGAGCCACAAGAGCUCUAGGGCACUCUGGGAGCAGCUCUGCCUGCUGCGCUCUCUGGUGCCUGUGGAGAUGCCUAACUGACAGGAGAGUUAGUGAGGACAGGAACGCUCGCUCUUGGCCCAGGUCCGCUGUAUCCAUGGCUCUCCUGACCAAUCUGCUGCCCCUGUGCUGCUUGGCACUUCUGGCGCUGCCAGCCCAGAGCUGCGGGCCGGGCCGGGGGCCGGUUGGCCGGCGCCGCUAUGCGCGCAAGCAGCUCGUGCCGCUACUCUACAAGCAAUUUGUGCCUGGCGUGCCCGAGCGGACCCUGGGCGCCAGUGGGCCUGCCGAGGGGAAGGUGGCAAGGGGCUCCGAGCGCUUCCGGGACCUCGUGCCCAACUACAACCCCGACAUCAUCUUCAAGGAUGAGGAGAACAGUGGUGCGGACCGUCUGAUGACCGAGCGUUGUAAGGAACGGGUGAACGCGUUGGCCAUUGCGGUGAUGAACAUGUGGCCCGGAGUGCGCCUAAGAGUGACUGAGGGCUGGGACGAGGACGGCCACCACGCUCAGGAUUCACUCCACUACGAAGGCCGUGCUUUGGACAUCACCACGUCUGACCGCGACCGCAACAAGUAUGGGUUGCUGGCGCGCCUCGCAGUGGAAGCCGGCUUCGACUGGGUCUACUACGAGUCCCGCAACCACGUCCACGUGUCGGUCAAAGCUGAUAACUCACUGGCGGUCCGGGCGGGCGGCUGCUUUCCGGGAAAUGCAACUGUGCGCCUGUGGAGCGGCGAGCGGAAGGGGCUACGGGAACUGCACCGCGGAGACUGGGUUUUGGCUGCCGAUGCGUCAGGCCGGGUGGUGCCCACGCCGGUGCUGCUCUUCCUGGACCGGGACUUGCAGCGCCGGGCUUCAUUUGUGGCUGUGGAGACCGAGCGGCCCUCACGCAAACUGUUGCUCACACCCUGGCACCUGGUGUUUGCGGCUCGAGGGCCGGCGCCCUCGCCAGGCGACUUUGCACCGGUGUUCGCGCGCCGGCUACGCGCUGGGGAUUCGGUGCUGGCGCCCGGCGGGGACGCGCUUCGGCCAACGCGCGUGGCCCGUGUGGCGCGGGAGGAAGCCGUGGGGGUGUUCGCGCCGCUCACAGCGCACGGGACGCUGCUGGUGAACGAUGUCCUGGCCUCGUGCUACGCGGUUCUGGAGAGUCACCAGUGGGCGCACCGCGCUUUUGCCCCCUUGCGACUGCUGCACGCCCUAGGGGCGCUGCUCCCUGGCGGGGCCGUCCAGCCGACUGGCAUGCAUUGGUACUCUCGGCUCCUCUACCGCUUGGCAGAGGAGCUGCUGGGCUGAGCGUCCCAGGCAUAGAAACCUCGAAGCGCCCGAGCAAACGAGGGCCUGCUGGCUGAGAUGUGGGGGUGUGGGCAGCAGACGA